CUUGGGGUGCAGAUUAGGAAGUGUGUAACCGCAUUUAGUCGUAAAGCUUAACAGUGUCUCCAGCUCUGAAUGAACACAAACUGAGUUAAUAUCAAUGCACGGACUUUGCUUUUCGUGGUGAGUUCACGGUCACUCGCCGUCUGCCGGAAAAUGGCACUGCUGCGUUCAAAGUCUUCGCUGCUGUGGUUCCUUAUUGUUGUUGUGACGGCUCAUGUGAGUGAAGCAGCGGAGACACCCAAGAAGAAGACUACACUGAGUCAAGAUGAGGUGGUCUGGGUGUCUGAAGAUGACACCUUCAGCUUCCGGUCAAAGAAAACCUCCAGUAAGAAGAAUGUCGCUGCAUUGCCAGAGCCUGGAGACCUUGCAGCUGCCUUCAGGGUCCCGACUCUUGAUGGGGAGUUUAUCUACCAACCCGGUGCUGUGAAGGGAUCUCUGGUCAUUCACGCCUUCACCAACAAGUCUGGGUUUCUGGAGUGCAUGUGGAGCUCGGAGUCGUCCCUGUCCAGUUUAGUUGAGGAGCUGCCAGACAGUACUCAGGUGCUCUUUGUGUCUCUGGACGACUCUGCAGUCAGUGAUGCUCUCUGGAUGAGGGAGCAGCUGCAGAGGGCUGCCAUGCACAGUAAGAAGGAGGUUCUGUCCAGGCUGCACUUCUCUCCCGUGCCGGUCUUCUCUCUGGGUAACUGGAUCCCCAGUAUGCUCUACUACUGGGGCUGCGCGGGACACAACUGUGGCCUCUCCCAGGCUGUCUUCACCUCAGAGGGAUGGAAGAUGCCCGUGAUCAUCAAGAGACUCGAUGCCAGAUACGAUUGGCUGAUGGGGCGAUGGACUCAGGGGUCGUAUCAGCUGAUCGAUGCAGGAAAUGGGUGUGAGCCGUCCCCCUCGGUGGCGGGUGCUGUGGCCUGGGUGUCUGAGGGCAACUGCUCUUCCUUCACUAAGGUGCAGAACAUGGCCAAAUCCAACGCCUCCGGUGUCCUCGUCUACGCCCUCCCCGGUAACCCGAUCCAGGAUAUGAACUGCGUCGGGGGGGAGUGUUACCACCAGCUGAACAUCCCCGCCGCCAUGGUGCACCUGGAGGCUUCGGUCGCCCAGGCGCUCCGCUUUGGGCAGCUGGUGAACGUCUCCUUCCAGAUCACCCCGUCCCCGAGCUUCUUCAUCGGUAUCGACCAGCAGGGGGCGCUGGCAGAGAUGGGAUGGUUCCUGUACCCCUCGUUCAGCUUCAUUAACUGGCAGGCUCAGUGGUUUGAUUUCUACGGAGAACUCUGGACCAAACUUCAUAAUCCUGCCAAAGUUGUUUCUGUCUUUGAUAAAGUUCAGAUGCAGGGGGACAAAGGAGCGGUGGCUACUGUCGACCUGCCGUUAGGCGUGGAGGACUUUAACUCCCUGGAGCUGGACGCGUCCCUGUCGUGUCCCAGCAGGAGAGACUGGUCCUGCGCUCCGUGGGAUCACACGGUGCAGCUGUUCGUCUGCUGCGAUCAUCUCAGUCCGUACUGCAACAUGGAGCUGGGACGAUGGAUCACCGCCUUCCGCAGAGGUAUCGGGCGCUGGCUGACAGAUGUGUCCCCUCUCCUCCCCCUGCUGGACGGCAACAAAUGCACCUUCACCAUGAAGACGGUGCCUUGGGCGAAGCCGUGGAUCGUCUCCCUCAACCUCAGAUUCAGUCUCAGCAAUCAGACGGGUAACCACGGCGACGACAAGCUCCACCCCUUCAGAGUGACGACACUGUACAGCGGAGGAACCUUCGACAAAAACUACAACAAGCAUUACCAGCCAAUCAAGUUCUCCAUCCCGGCAUCAACCAAAAAGGUGGAGCUCUACGCCGUCAUCACGGGCCACGGCAGCGACGAGUACGGCUGCGGGGAGUUUUGUGUCACCUCGCACCACUUCCUGUUCAACUCGGUUCAUAACAACACGCUCAUAUUUGAUACUGCAGGGACGGCUCUGGGCUGUGCCAUGCGGGUAAAAGAGGGCGCGGUGCCAAACGAACACGGCACGUGGCUGUAUGGACGAGGAGGCUGGUGUGAUGGACUGCAGGUCAACCCCUGGAGGGUCGACAUCACCAAACAGUUGGACUUGAGCGGGUUUGACUCCAACACCGUCGUCUACUUCGGCUUGUUCGACGGUCAGGAUCCUAAUCCAUCUCAGCAGCCCGGAAACAUCAUCAUGUCUUCUUUUCUUGUCUUUUACAAAUGAAGUCUCUCUCUGUGAUGUGAAUGCUUAAUGAAGGAAUGAAUGCAUGAAUUCAUGAUACACACUGAAUGUGCAAUCAAAUCAAGAGAUUAAAUGUAUAUUUUCC